GAGCUGACACCCAGGUGCUCUUGGACAUCACUGGGUGCUUUGGAGUCUCAUGCCGGCGUGGUGUGUGCGGGACACAGGUAGACCUGGACAAGGCUGGAGAUGGGGUGUUCGUAAGCACGUUGGCACUUGCCAUGCACCCAACACAGUCAGUGGACAAUAGCUUCUCCUGCUCUGCUGUGCAGACCCUCUCCCGGAGCCACUGCCGUAACAUCAAACAGAAGAUCUCCCAGUGGGAGGGAAGGACACAAGGACACUCCAGCAAGGAGAAACAGCAGCUUAAGGACUUCGGAGUAAAGUAUGAUCUCAGCUGCAAUGCUCUACCCAAAGUGAAGCCAGAACGUACAGAGAAGGGCAGAAAGACUGGGUCCAAAGAUCCAAAAAGCCUGGGUUUGGACUUCAGGGAAGAUGCAUGGAGCUGCUUGCAGACUGAUGACUGCGGUGACCUCAAACCCUGUGCAUGCAGCCUAGCUUCCCAAGCCAAGGAGAAAGGAAAGUGGCAAGCAGGCUUCCUGGACACAGGAGUGACACUGCCCCCAGGGAACUUCUAUACCUCACAAAUUCUGUGGAGGAGAGUAGAUCCCCUUCUGCCUGGCAAAGCCCCACCAGUUCCCUUGGACCUUCAGAGGAAGCGAGGGAGCUGUGGCUCCACAGAAAGAGAAUUUAAAAUCAAAGGAGUGGACUCUCUCUGCAGGGCAGAGAGGAGCUUGAAAAACAUUUACUCUGAGGCUGAGGGGCAAGAGGAGGAGCCAGCUGCUGUGCCGCCACCCAAGCCCCGUAGGACUUUCCGCUAUCUUGCAGAAAAGGGUGCUAGUAGCUGUAGCAAUGCCAGUGCUACCAGGGAAGCUUCCCUCCGAAAGCAGCAUGGAGGAGACUUUGUGUCAUCCUCCAACAAUCCUGAGAAGAGAAUAGCCAGCAGGAGGAUCAGAGGGAGGACCCAGAGGAAAUCUUUUGAGUUUGAAGACAUCCAGGGCUUCCGCAACCGGAUGGCAACCACCAGUUCCCACAGACUUCGAGAAGAGACAAACGGCACUACAGGAUCCAGGCUUGUCUGCACACAGUCAGAAGACAACAUCUAUGAGGACAUUAUCUGUCCUGCAAGAGAGAACCCGUAUGAAGAUAUCGGAGUGCUGCCCUUACCCCUGUGGAAGGUCCCAUCUGUCUGGAAGCUACCACCCACCCGGAGCACCAGUAGGGCUCCCAAGCUGGUACUAAAAAUACAGGAAAUCUUUGAUUCUAAGCGUGGAAAGAAGAAGGUGAAGUUGCUCAGUCCUGCUGGGAGAGAAGCGCCUCCAGUGAAAGGUGAAACCAAUGGGAAUGAAAGUGAUACAGAAAAUCAGCCAAGAAGUCGACAUGGGUGCCUGCUGCACGUACAGUCAGGGCCCAAGAGGAACCCGCACUACCAGACUUUGGAGAGGGAUUUGAUAGAGCUUCAAGAGCAGCGGCUAUUUGAGCUGUUUGUGGUGGUGUCCCUGCACAAGAAGGCAUCUGAGAUGACGUACACACCACAGAUCAUACAGCAGUUUCCCAGCAAGCCUGAACAUCCCUUCAGACAGUCAAAGGAUACUGAAGAGAGGCUAAAGGUCAUUCCCAAAUUCUGCUUUCCAGAUCCCAAAGACUGGUUUCCUGCAUCAGACCUUAAAAGUGAAACAUUUUCUUUUGUGUUGACGGGUGAGGAUGGCAGCCGCUGGUUUGGGUACUGCAAGAAGCUCCUGCCAGAAGGGAAAGGGAAGCGCCUUCCUGAGGUAUACUGCAUCGUUAGCCGCCUGGGCUGCUUCAACCUCUUCUCCAAGAUUUUAGAUGAAGUGGAGAAGAGGCGAGAGAUGUCCCCAGCCCUAGUACACCCAUUUAUGCGUAGUGUAAUGGAGGCGCCUUUCCCUGCUCCUGGACGCACGAUUACUGUGAGGAGUUUCCUGCCAGGAGCAGGAAAUGAGGUGAUGGAACUCUGCCGUCCAUUGGAUUCUCGACUCGAACACGUUGACUUUGAAUGCCUGUUCAAGUGUCUAAGUGUCCCUCACACGAUUCGUGUCUUUGCCUCUCUCCUGCUGGAAAGGAGGGUGAUCUUUGUUGCUGACAACUUAAGCACUCUGUCUAAAUGUGGCCAUGCCGCAGUUGCAACACUUUAUCCCUUCACUUGGCAACACACCUACAUACCAGUCCUACCAACUUCUAUGAUUGAUAUUGUGUGUUCUCCGACCCCAUUCUUAAUCGGCAUUCUCUCCUGCUCAUUACCACAGCUCCAGGACCUGCCCAUAGAAGAGGUUCUGAUUGUUGAUCUUUGUGCUGACAAGUUCUUGCAAGAGGUAUCAGAUGAAGAUGAGAUCCUGCCUCAUAAACUCCGGGCUGCGCUUGUACAAGUCUUGGAAGAACGAAAUGAAAUCUUGUCACAUGAGCAGAGUGACACGCCUCUUAACUCCCUGGUCUCUGAAGCUUUUGUGCAUUUCUUUGUGGAAAUUGUUGGACACUACUCCCUGCACAUGAAUGUCACAGAAAAAGGGGAGCGGGUGUUUCAGCGGGAACUGUUCCGUAAAUCUCAUGUGUCACACAAUGUGCGUCAUUUCUUGCGCUUCUUUAUGGAAACACAGAUGUUUGCAGGGUUCAUACAGGAUCGAGAGCUAAGUAAGAACAUGGUCAAAGGCCUUUUUGAGGUCCGUGCCUUGGAGUAUUUGGAGAGUAUACCAGAGACAGAACCAACUGGAAUGAACAAAAUCCUUCGCAGUCUUG